GUCUGUUUAGUUUACAGGGAGAGAACGCCUAAACGGUUAGAAAUGGCGUCACGUAUUCCGGGAAUAUUUUCUGAGAAUUUGAAUGAUUUAAUAUUGAAAUCAAAAGUUUUAGUCGUGGGUGCUGGUGGAAUAGGAUGUGAGUUGUUGAAAAACUUGGUUUUCACCGGUUUCGAAAACAUCGUUAUCGUGGACAUGGACACCAUAGAAGUGAGUAAUCUUAACCGGCAGUUUCUCUUUCAAAAGAAACACGUUGGGCAACCGAAAGCUAUAGUCGCCCGCGAAAGUGCGUUGAGAUUCAAUCCCAAUGCAAAUAUAGAGGCCAUACAUGACAGUAUUAUUGGGGAGAAAUACGGCGACGCUUUCUUCCGCAAGUUUGACAUUGUGAUGAAUGCUUUGGACAACAGUGCCGCGAGGUUGUACGUGAAUCGCUUGUGCGUGAACGCCGACGUCCCGCUGAUAGAGAGCGGCACGGCGGGCUACAACGGGCAGGUGGAGCUCAUCAAGAAGGGAUUGUCCGAGUGUUACGCGUGCAUGCCGAAACCGCGCCAAAAAAGUUUCGCGAGCUGCACCAUCCGCAACACGCCGUCGGAGCCCAUCCACUGCAUCGUGUGGGCCAAGCACUUGUUCAACCAGCUGUUCGGCGAGGAGGACGAGGAGGAGGACAUAUCGCCCGACACGGCCGACCCGGAGGCGGCGGGCGACGCUGCCGCAGAGUCGCUGAAGGCCGACGCCGUCGCUCGCGUCUCCACGCGCACUUGGGCCAAGGACUGCUCGUACAACUCGGCCAAGCUGCUGCGCAAGCUGUUCUUCGAGGACAUCAAGUACCUGCUGAGCAUGACCAACCUGUGGGAGAACCGGAACAGGAAGCGCCCCGUGCCGCUGGACCUGGAUAACGUCCCCGACGAGGUGGCGGGCAGCAGCAAGGCCGAGGUGGGCCCCGGCCUGACGAACCACCGGCUGUGGAGCGUGGCGGAGUGCGUGCGGAUCUUCACGGACGCCGUCGCCGGCCUGAAGAAGAAAGCCGAGGUCCUGAAGGAGGGCGACUACCUCGUCUGGGACAAGGACAACAAGGACGACAUGAACUUCGUGGCGGCCUGCGCCAACAUCCGCAUGCACAUCUUCGGCAUCCCCCAGAAGACGUGCUUCGACGUGAAGGCGAUGGCGGGGAACAUCGUGCCGGCCAUCGCAACGACCAACGCCAUCGUCGCGGGUCAGAUCGUGAUCCACGCCCUCCGUGUGCUGGAGGGUCGGCUGAAGGACUGCCAGACGGUGUACGUGAGGAUGUACCCGAAUUCCAAGCGGCAGGUGCUGGUUCCCGAGAAGUACCUGACGAAGCCGUCCGAGGAGUGCUACAUCUGUGCCAACGUGAACCAGGUGCUCCUGACGGUCGACUUGGAGGCCAUGACGUUGAAGGCGUUGGAAGACCAGGUCCUGAAGCAGCACUUGGGGAUGAGCGUGCCGGAUGUGAUGGAUGCCGGCUCUGGCAAGAUCAUCAUCUCGGACGACGUGGACUACACGGAGACGGCGACGCUGGCGGAGAUGGGCGUUGUGGACGGCACCAUUCUGGCGGUCGACGACCUGUCGCAGUCGGACUGCAAGAUGACCUUGACCGUGAGCCACGCCAAGCCGGAGGCGGGAGAACCUUCGUUCAAGCUGAGCGCGAAGAUCCAGAAGCCAGACCGCAAUGGUGUGGAUGUGCUAGAGGAAACCAGCCCUGAGAAGAAGCGUAAGUUGGCAGAUGACAAUCCGACCUCUUCAAAGAAACAGAAAGUGGAGUGUAAUACGAUUGAAUAUGAUGAUGAUGAUGACGAUAUCAUCAUAAGUAUUCCGUAGUGUGAGAGUGUCCUUGUCCCAGACAAUUGCAAACAUGUCACUGAUUCCAUUUGGUAGUCAGUCCAAAGCUGUACAUGCCUACAUAAUUGGAAGUGGACUGAAGAGGCUGCAUAUUGAAGUGUUUGCAGUAUGCUAGCGUACCUUCAAAACUGAAAGAUUUUAAGUGAUAUUUUAUGGUUUUUGCUUAAGGGCAGUAAUUUAUUUUCAUAAUUUUGUAUUUUUUUUUUUUUUUAAUAUUUAUUUUUGUCCAUUCUCUCAACUAGGGAGAUGUUUUGAGGCAAGUAGGGAUUGGCCUUAAGAAAUUCCUUACUUGUAAACUUAUUUGUCUAAAAAUAUAAAGGUUGUACACUAGAAAACAGUGGGAGAAUGUGACAGUGAAUUUUGUGCUUAUUUGUAGUGUUUAAAAAUGUUGAGUUGUAGGUUGGUUAGUUUUUGUUUUUGUCAGAGUAUGUAGGUGAAUAAAAGUUUGGCUCCUUUGAAAUAUUAAUUUUUUACAGUAGAAAUUUAAAUGGAUUCUUUUGGGCAUUGUUAUAAUGUGUGUAUAUGAGGUUAAUUUCUAGUGUUUCAGCUUUUUCAUAAAUAAAAUUUUUAAAAAAUUUGAAAGGUUUUUUUUUUUGAGAAUUUUUGACAUUUCUCAAUUUAAUCUUAAAACAGUGUUUGAUAAUUUCAACAAUGUCUAAGAAACUCAAGGCUUAUGGGUGAAGAGGUGUAUCGGUAAAUAUGUAGAGUAGCAGUAUAUGCAGGAAAAAAAAAUCCGAAAAUACUUUUAUUCUAUGCUCUUUCAAUUCCUCUUUUCAAAUCAACCGGCGGAGGUAAGAAAUUCCAAAUACUUUAGGAGAUAUUGAAUUUUUUAAUUUUGCAAUACAACACCUGUACAACCAUUUGACCGCCGCAAUUUUUGUUAUUUUGCCGUGUGUUCGUGAAUGCGUAAUAAAUAAAAUGGUUGAUUAGGUCAGGUCACUUACAUUAUUAAUACUUUCAAACUAAGCGGACAUAAAAAAUAAUUUGAAUUAAUUUUAAUGGCUGUUUAGUUUUAAAAUAUUUAUAAUGUAACUGACCUGACCAAACAAACCGGGACAAAGGAUGAACAGUAGGAGCUAAAAUGGUCGAUUAGGUCAGGUCAGUUGCAUUAUGAAUACUUUCAAACUAAGCGUACAUUAAAAAUAUGAUUUAAUUUCAAUGGUUCUUUAGUUUUAAACUAUUUAUAAUGUAACUGACCUGACAUAACAAACCCGGACAAAUGAUGAACAUUAAUAACUCACGUAAAAAUUUUUUUGUUAUUACUUGCGCAAUAAUAUCCAAAUAAAAAAUAAGACUUUAAAUUAGAAACGUUAAAAACUCACCUAAGUUGGAGGUGGGUACAUUUACUUUGCCAUUAGAAGGAAAUGAUGUAGUCGUUCACCUACGUCGCGAUACCUCCGACGGAACAUGAAUAAAUAAAUAAAUAAUCACGUAUUUGAAUACUGGCCAAUCACGGAACUGUCACGUGACAAAAUUGUCCAAUAAGAAACAUAAUAGAUACUCGUAAACAAGAAACAAUGUUGAUAGCCGCAUGAAUACACAGGUAUUGUGAUGAAAAUUAAAAAAUUCGAUAUCUCCUAAAGUAUUUGGAAUUUCUUACCUCCGCCGGUUGAUUUGAAAAGAGGAAGUGAAAGAGCAUAGAAUAAAAGUAUUUUCGGAUGUUUCACAUUUUUUUUUCGCAUAUACCGCAAUUCUACAUAUUUACCGGUGUAUCCUGUGUUUUGAUAAGCUCAUCAUGUACAUUCAUUGUGUGGCCUGAUUAACGUUACCACUCCACUGUGGAUACUAGCUGAAACAUGAUUCUGUGGUUCUCCAAAGAUCCCCAGGAAUAGAGCAUAGUUGAGACCGUUUUCUAAAAGAGAGCUGGUUAAUGUCAAUAUGUUACUGCAGAGACCACUGCUCAUUUUCCACCCGAAUUGAUUCCACCCUUAUUGUGCCUAGUUAGGGCGGAAAACAUUCUUGGCCCAGGCUGUAAUGUUCUGGUACUAAAAUUCCUUCUCUUUAAGAAAACUGUUUGCUACAUUGUGCUUUUAAGGUUCUCUGACGAACCACAGGAUGAGGUUGCAUCUAGUAUCUAGGAAACAGUAGGCAGUGACAAUAAUCAGGGAUAUAUCUCUUUGAAAACAGUCUCAGCUGUGCUAUUAAAACUCAACAUGAAUUUACGUCACUAUAGCAAGCACCUGUCUACUACACAAUCUAACUUAAUUAAUUUGUCUUUAUAGUUUAAAUCAUGUAACAUGAGUUAGAUUACAUACAGACUAUUUUCCCUAACACAAUUCUCACCUGACAAAUAGUGCCAAAACAGAUACACACAUUCAGCAAACAUAGUUAAGAAUGGUGAUAAUGUUAUAUGAGGAUCAGUACACCACUUCGCCAAUAAGAGUGAGUUUCUCAGAAUCCAGUAAGAAAUUUCAAAUUAUGUUUUUAAGGUACAUAGAGGAAGGACUGUAAUAUUGAAAAAAUACUAUUUUUUUAUGAUUUAUAUACAUAUGUAUACACACAGAAAAACUGUAACCUAUGUAUUUACUGUUUAUAAUUACUUUGAUCUGGUGCAUACAAAAAAUGUAAUUCCCUAUUUGAUUCUGUACGUAAGAAAAUAAUAUUUGGCAAAGGGUGCAAAAUGUUAAAAUACAGAAAUUCUUGUAAUAGCUUACCAUGACUAUUGUUAUCAAGAACUGGGUGGAGACACAUUAACUUGACUUCUUCAUACUUCAUCAUAAUAUCAUUGUUUUGGUGUAAAUAAGAGAGGCAUGUUUUUAACAAUGUAUACUGUAAUUGUUUAAAUGUUUUAGUGUUUGAAUUACAACUAUGUCUGCAAAAAUUAGGGUGUAUUUAAUACUUGUAUGCAUUAAGCCAUGGUUGUUUUCGAGUUGGUCCAUUGUUUUGAAACUGUAUUGUUUGGUAAAUGUUCCAUAUAAUAUCUUCAAGUUGAUUCCCUGAUCGAUGCCAUGAUCCUGUGGUACAUGAUGCUUGCUGUUUUAAUUUAGUACAUCAAAAGAUCCUGGAUAAUAAAAAGAACUGUUAAUGAUAACAAUGAAUUGUGAUCAUAAUUUGAAUAUGAAAAAAUUUCUACAAGACCUGCCAAUUGGUUUGUAUUGUAAUAUUAGAGUUUUUGUUAUCUCCAGGCUCUUUCGACAUAAUUAAAACAGCGUACCAUAGGAUCAGUGUAUACAUGAUCGUGCCAUCAGGAUCGAGGAUAAAAUUGGAUGCGUACCAUGGAACAAUUACCUAAAUUAAAAACGUGCAUGAAAAAAUAUUUUGUUCUCUGUAUCAAAUUUAUGAAUAUUUGGUCCUGGAGUUGAAGUUGAAACCAGGGUCGGCGCGUCCACACAGGCGAACUAGGCAACCGCCUAGGGCGCCAAGUAGCUGGGGGCGGCGCAGCACGACACAUAACAGCUCAUAUAACAUGUUUAAUGAUUAUUGAAACUAGAUGAAAAUGGAUUUUUGUAACAGUUUGGAAUGUUUAUAUCUAAUAAGUAAUUAUUUAAAGUCCACGGUGACCUGUUUAUGAUUUGUAAUAAGUAAAAAAGUAAAAAAAAACACAAGCCUGCUUACAUUUGAUUGUUGACAAAAUCUUAGGCUUACGUGAUGUAUUUUGAGGCAAGGAAAAUUUUUUUGGAGUGUCCGGCUGGAAGGGGAAGGGGGGGGGGCAUUAAGGUUUUUCGCCUGGGGCACCAAUUUACCUUGCACCGGCCCUGGUUGAAGCAUUUCAUACUCGAAACCUGCAAAUCAGAUUGCUUUCAAACGGAGAUGGUUACCAAACAGUGAAUGUAACUCACUUUCGCCAUGUGCUUCUCAAACUCGGAUAGUGAGAGUGAGCGAGAGGGUGCUCUCGGCUGAUUCGAACACGAACUGAGUACGUGGUUGGGGCAGCCGUCGCAGUAUUUCUCGUGAACACGGGUUUGGUCACGCUUGUGCAAGUGUCUGCACGGAGUCAAAUAGGGACUGACAUCUCGUGUGUACCAGGCUUCAGCCUAGCCACACUGGCAUCUUUCUUCGUACGUGAAAUAUGAAAAGUAAACGGUUAUUACCACAUGUCUGAAAGAAAGAAAUAAAAACCCAUGUUUUUUUGGGUACUUGAUAAUGAAAGUAGUUCAUGCUGAAAUGUUAACAAAAUUAAAAUGUAAAACAUUUUGACGGGAUCAAAAAAUAAACACUUUGUGGUGAGGUGCUUUAUAAUAAUGUUCCGCUGUACUGUUUGAUCACAGGAUUUGUUAUGCCGAUGUAGGAUGUCUGAAAGGCAAUUGGCUAGAUAAUAUCUAGGCCUGUGUCGAGUUUUUGUGACUCCAGCAUCAUGUGGCAAGAAAGUGCACAAUGCACACAGCAGAAGAAAUUGUGUUUAUUGUUUUAGGAGAGAAGUAUGCAUGCCUAUUGUAAUUUAUAUUUUCAAAGUAAAUUUAAAAAUCCGCCUACUCAAAAGUUGAAAAAGUGUAGACAUUUGUAUUUGCAUGUACUUUGUUUGUUAACAUUAAAAAACCUUACUGAUCCUGAGUGGACUGAAAUAUCCCAGUUGAAGAUAUAACUAGAGACCCUCAGUGAGACUCGAGUGAGGAAGUAAAUAGGCUUCUGCAAAUCCUGUUCUUUAAUUGAAAACAAAAUUAUCAAAUUAGUAUUCACGAAAAUUGAAUAGUUUUUGAAUUCCUGCAAACCCCUAGUAAUAAGAGUUGAAGUGCAAAGGUGAGGAGUAUGAAUUCCUUUUGGAAGUGACUUGUGUGAAGUUGAGAUAAUGCCUUAAAAGAUAGUUGGAAGACAAGUUCGCGAAAUCAUUCAAAAUGUUUCGAACUAACAAACAAAAUUUAAUGCUUCUCUUGCCAUUGUGAACUUGUGCGAGUAUACCUAUUUCAUGAACCUGUGAGAGUUUAGGACAGGUUACCUUAUCAAUUUUUUUUUAUAGACAGCUGAAUAUUUUAGCCUUUGUUUUUCAGAAAAAUUACUGGUAAAUGGUUGGUGAGUUGAUUUCUUUGGCAAAAACAAAUAAAUAAUUUGGUUGGGAUAACAGUUUAAUAAUUUGUGAAUCUUUGAAAACAAUUGCAUAUGUUAAUGGACAAACCUAUGUUGGGGUUAACUGCAACAAAAUAAAACCUUAAUCUUAUUUUUAUGUGAUUUUGCAUUGAUAAAUUACUGUAAUGGGCAUUGAUCAGUUGUGUGUUAGCUCCCAGUUAGUCCACUUGUGACUUCACUCCAAGUUACAACACUUUAUGCUAAACAAAGUAAUUACGUGUGAAGUGUUAGUUAGAAUUAAUGUAAAUGUGAUAAGAAAAAAACAUGUUCUACUAGCAUUCCUAUUCUAGAAUGUACAGGCAUGUAUACCUGCAUUUGUUGUUUUUGAAUGUUGGCAAUAGUUGUAACAAUUGUGUAAAAAUCAUAUCCAUCCAUGUGUAUAGCUAAACUAGUGUGUAGGUCCUAUUGUAUGACGUUGGGAAAAUAAUGUACACUAUGUUGACUAAAGAUGCUCGUGUGGUCUUGGGCUUAAUAGUUACUGAACAAGUUUGGAGUUAUGUCUUUGGAAACAGUUAUUUUUUUUGGCAGUUCUGACCACCGGGAGCGUGAGGUUCGUACCAGAAAAGUGGCCACGUAAUGGUUAGGCCGGUGUCACACUAUGGGGUUGGAUCGGAGCAGUUGGCAGUGUACACUUGGUGAAUUUUUGAGAUCAAUUGUUUACUUGAGGGACCUACAUUUUGCCUGCUAAGAAAAGCAGUCUAAAGAAUGUUCAGCCGAAAAAUUGCUGCGUACAUUUUAGCCUCGACGUCAGAAACUCUGUGUGACACAACUCUUGGAUGGCAUUGUUCAAGGCUCUGUCUCCCACACUGGCUGAAUUAUUAUAUUUUCUUGUAAUAACCAUUAAGAGAUUUUUCCAUCAAUUUAUUCUGCUAGCUCAUUUCUUUUUGGGUGUUGAAUCUCCUCAUGAACUAUAUACUAAAUGUGGUUUUAAAAUUGUAAACGUUUCUGCAAGUGAUGAUAAUUAUGAGUUAUUGGAUGACUUUUUUUUUACAGAAAUUUGAUAAUAUUUAGUAAAUAUUGGUUGCUGAAAUUAUUUUAGGAAAACAAUUAAGUCAAUAAAAACUAUUUCAUUUGAUGGUCUUAAAAAAAAAAAAUUAAGUGGAAGAAAGCUGUUCACCUCCUAUUGUUAUGAAUGUAUGUUUAGUUUGUGGUUCUCUGUUAGUAAAGAUCUCCAUUUUCUCAGUGACCUCAAGCAUUCUACUGUAGCCACUAAGUUUUUUUUAAGCUGUGUUGUUAUACUAAACAUGGCGUCGUUUCGAGAAUGAUCUGGGGGUUUGAUGAGAAAAAUGUGCUUAGUAUUGUGAAGUACACACACAUACAUAUAUGUACACACACAUAUAUAUAUAUAUACACACACACACAUGAUUAAAGAAGAAAAAAGUGUGACCCCCACUUUUCUGGUUUCUCACAAGCACCAAGUGGUUUGAACAUGAUCCAAUUUUUUUUUCUCCACUGAGCUGAACCAAGUAAGAGCUGUUUCCAGUAUUAAGCAUGCUCAUGAAUAUGAUAAAAUGUUAAUUUUUGCUGUAAAAUUGUGGGACUACGUUAAUGAAAUGUGCAUGUUUGCGCUAUCCACAUUUUGAGAGUUGUGACACUGCCAAAACAACCAAAUAGCAACUUCACUAAAUCUGGGUAGUAAAUACAUACUUAGUUUGCAGUUUUGGAAUACAAAUAGGAAAAAAAAAUUAAUGUUCCAGUAUGUUAUGAGGCUUUACGGGGCUCAUAAUUUAUUUAUUAUACAUAGUUUGCGACCCAAAAGACUUUGUUGAUUGAAGGAGAAAUUUUUUAACAUACCUUUCUGAACUUAUGUGUAUUAUUCACCUUCGUGCUUGUAAACAAUAUUCAGGCUUCCAACAUUCUUGCAAUUUGUUCCCAAAGCUUUAGCAAUUGUUUUAUGAGACUUGAGUAUUAAUAUAUCUGCGGAAGAUUUUUCCCCUAUUAUUUAGUUAUGUGUGCAAGAUUAGUGUAGUUUAUAGUUGGUUUCGUGAUUAUGAUGCAGAAGCUGAGGACUGAGAAGUUUUGUGUGUAUUUAAUGUACAAUUUUUGAAGAUGUUUUCUCUCAGAUGUUAUAAAGCAGUGUGACUAUUUUAAUUGUGAAAACUUUUGAAGAACAUAGGGUGAAUUCCCUGAGACUAAAGAAGUGUAACCUAUUUUUACUGUCAAAUAAAAAAUGUGUUUGGGAAAGUUAGUAUUACUUUUUGCCAUGGAAAUUUCUUUU